UGUGUUGCACUCUGGAGGAUGUGUUGUUGCUUGUGGCCAGCUCCAGUCAGCGCUGCAGUGGAUUAGUCAGCUGCAUUUAUUUAAGGUAGUGCACGGAGAGAGUGAGCGCAGGAGCCAGUGUGCAAGUAGCAGAUCCACCGAGAUGCAGCGCAUCUACAUGCACAGCCAUGAGCACUUUGAGGUGUUCACCACCGUCCUUGCUCCACAAGGGAGGUGUCGAUACAGGACAGAUGCGGAGAAGAUGGUGGUGGUGCACAGCUACAGGCCCCACUGGCCAGAGGAGCUGGAGCUGUGUCCAGGUGACGUAGUCCUGGUGCUGUCCAAGCAUGAGGAGGGGAUUUGGUUUGGGCGGAGGCAGGAUGGCCAGCAGGGCCACUUCCCCGCCUCCUGUGUGAUGGAGCUGAGCCAGAAUCUCCCUCCCAGAGGCCUGCAGAGGCGUUUGUCCCUGAGAACCUCGGCAAGGGACAACGACUCGGGUGGAGGACGCAGCAGAUAUGGACAUGGACACAUCCUGCAGGCGCUCAGGCGGGGGAGCAGAGGAGGUGGUGGAGCAGCAGCAGCAGCAGCAGCAACAGCAGCAGGAGGAGGGAUGGUGAUGGAUGGGGGCCAGGGCGAGAGCGAGGACCCCUUCCCGGUACGCAGGCCCCUGCAGAUCCCGUCGCCUCAGCCUGUGGCCUCCCAGCAGCCUCAGACACACAGAUCCCCGGGCCUGCUCCACAGGAUUCUGUCCAAGUGCCGGAAAAAGAGUGAAUGCCAGGGAGCCACCAAUGGGGCCUUCGAGGGCGACUAGGAGGCCCUUCUCUUUGUGCGAGUUCACUGUGGUGGGGCUGCUGCGGGGUCGUGGGGCGAGCGGAGGCACCUCUGAAAUGUGGAGGACAGGUCCUGGACAUCCUGAUCUGAGCAAACUCUUGUUGCCAUAUCAGGCGUUCUUGACUUGGCUGCAAGAAUCCAGACAAUACUCCUCUCUGUGACUGUAUACAUACACACACACAUGAUUUAAUGACGUCACAGAAGGUGUUUUUUUCAAUUACAUCUGAUGGACAGGGCCUGCUGAGACAUCACUGGGACGGGGGCGUGACUAGAAGGGCAGCAUGAAUGUACAGCGAGCUGAGCGGCUGCUGAUUUCUUCCUUGUUUUUCAGCAUGACAAGUCACCAAACACCAGGUAUAUGCUUCAUAAAAUGAUAUAUACAAUUCAAUAUAUAUAAUCACAGUCACAGCAGUUAUCUAUCUAAUCUAGAAAUUCCACAAAUCUCUGUCUGUAUGUGGAACGCAUAUCUUGACAACCGUUUAUCUCAUACUCGGCUUGUGUAUUCUUAAAGGCCUAAGGAAGUGCAAUGUCGAAUUUGGUUUUGAUUUGUGUAAUAUUGAAUGUUAUUCGUCGAACAUUCAAUAUUACUCAAAUUUAAAAUAAACGGGCAACCAGCGCUUGUUCAUGACAAUGACAGGGACAACUGAUUCUCCAGAUCGGGGUUCUGCGUGAGUCGAGCUUCACCAAACUUUCAAUAAACAGGUGAACAGCUCUUUGUGCAGCAGCGGUGGCUUCAGGGUUCUGCAGAGUGAGUCCUGCAGAGUGAGUCCUGCAGAGUGAGUCCUGCAGACUGAGUCCUGCAGACUCAGUCCUGCAGACUGAGUCCUGCAGAGUGUUUUUAACUUGCUCAGUUCCUGCAGGUCACUUAUACGGAUUCAGAAAGAAAAGCUGCAACCUGCAUCACCACAGGCCAAACAAGCAGGCAGGUUUCGAACGGGCACUGCAGUAUUAAGUGUGAUGAAGGGAAGUAACAUAACACCUUAGUGAAAAUCAAUGAUGUCAUAAGGGAUGUAAUUGUCUGUUUCACCAUUUUUGUUUCUUCCCUUCAUCUCCUCAUGUGAAUCUGUGUAUAUGUAUGUGUAAAAUGCUGCUUAAUAUUAUUAUUACAGUGAUUAAACCAGCGAACCCUU